GACAGAGCGAGUGCAACGCAGUCGCUCCACUAGAAAGUAAGGACGCACCUCAACCGUCACUGUCUUCUUUUACCAAAGCGAAACACCUGUCGUCUAAGCUUUUCAAAGUGAGACCCACUUUCAACAUACAUAAAGCUCACGAUGCUUAUCGAUUUCAUUAUUGCGCUUAUAUGAUAAGAACCUCAGCUUAUACGGUAAGCAGAUCAGCUUAUACUUCGAGAACGCCGCCUUCACUAUAUAAAUCUGUCUUUCGCUCUAGUCAUCAUCCAAACUCGAAGCUUUAAAGCAUCUUCUUGGAAAGAGCAGAGUUUUAUCAGAGAGAGAGAGAGAUUAGUAACAGAGUGAAGAUAGCUUCAAAUUGUUAGCCUCUGUUUUCAGAGAUAACAACUGGCAGCUGUUAUGACUUCUUCUCUCAGUAGAGACCUUAUCUUCCUCAUUUUACAGUUUCUGGAUGAAGAGAAAUUCAAAGGAACUGUCCACGAGCUUGAGCAAGAAUCAGGAUUGUUCUUUAAUAAAAACUACUUUGAGGAGCUUGUUAUGAGUGGCAACUGGGAUGAGGUUGAGAAGUACCUUUCUGGGUUUACAGGGGUGGAUGAUAAUCGAUAUUCCAUGAAAAUAUUCUUCGAAAUUCGCAAGCAAAAAUACCUGGAGGCAUUGGAUAAGCUUGAUCGGGCCAAGGCUGUAGACAUCCUUGUGAAGGAUUUGAAGGUGUUUUCCUCUUUUAAUGAAGACUUAUUUAAAGAAAUUACUCAUCUCCUUACAUUGGACAAUUUCAGGGAAAAUGAUCAACUCUCCAGUUAUAGGGAUACAAAAACAGCAAGAACAAUUAUGUUAAUGGAACUCAAGAAGCUUAUUGAGGCUAAUCCACUUUUCAGCGACAAAUUGCAAUUUCCUAACAUAAGAGGCUCCAGAUUGCGGAUGCUUAUAAACCAAAGCUUGAAUUGGCAGCAUUCCCUUUGUGGAAAUCCAAGGCAAAAUCCUGAUAUAAGAACUCUCUUUAUGGAUCACAAUUGUAGAAAUUCCAAUGAUGCAUUUGCCCAUCUUUCUGCAAGCAAUCAGCUUAUUGGUUCUGCUCCAAAGACUGAAGGUUUCCUGCCAAUGGUUGCAAAUGGGCCCUUCCAACCUGCUCCAGCACCAGUACAAACUCCUCUAAUCACAUGGAUGUCUAAUCCCUCAACUACUAUUCAUCCAAUAGUUUCCGGGGGCGCAUUAAAUUUUGGCAGUGUAAACCCAGGUGUAUCUGCAAUUUCAAAGGGUCUUGGGGAUUCUGAUUCUUCAAGACCUAGGAUAUCUGGGGUUUCAGAUAGGAUAAUGUUAGCAGGAAAUAAUUCUGGUCUAAAUCAUCAUGGCUUGCCUUUUAACCCAAUCGAUGAAUUGCCAAAGACUGUUGCACGCACAUUAAAUCAGGGUUCUGUUCCCACAAGCAUGGACUUUCAUCCUAUUCAACAAACUUUACUUCUGGUUGGAACUAGCAUUGGCGACAUUAGCUUGUGGGAAGUUAGUUCUAGGGAGAAGUUGGUCUCUAAAAAUUUUCAGGUAUGGGAUAUUGGAGCAAGUUCAAUGAUGAUGAAGGCAUCUAUUAUCAAAGAUCCAUGUAUUGCAGUUAAACGCAUAUUAUGGAGUCCUGAUGGUUCUUUAUUUGGAGUUGCAUACUCCAAACAUAUGGUGCAGUUAUACACUUAUUGUGGUGGACAAGAUAUUAGGCAUCAUUUGGAGAUUGAUGCUCAUACUGGAAGUGUAAAUGAUCUAGGAUUUUGCAACCCCAACAAGCAACUUUCUGUCAUUACUUGCGGUGACGACAAGACCAUCAAGGUGUGGAAUGUGGCUACUGGUACAAAGCUUCAUACUUUUGAAGGUCAUAAUGCUCCAGUGCAUUCUAUCUGCCCUCAUUCUAGGGAAAAUGUUCAUUUUAUCUUUUCAACAUCUCUGGAUGGAAAAAUAAAGGCAUGGUUAUAUGACACUGCGGGAUCCAGGUUUGAUUACGAUGCUCCUGGUCGGUCAUGCACCACAAUGGCCUAUACAGCUGAUGGAAAGAGGCUAUUCUCGUGUGGAACAAGUCAAGAGGGAGAAUCGCGCAUGGUAGAAUGGAAUGAAAAUGAAGGUACUAUAAAGAGAACAUACCAAGGAUUUCAUAAACGUUCAUUGGGAGUUGUUCAAUUUGAUAGUACCAAGAACAGGUUCUUAGCUGUUGGCGAUGAUUACUCGGUCAAAUUUUGGGAUAUGGAUAAUCCCAAUAUCUUGACAACCAUUGAUGCAGAGGGAGGUCUACCAGCAAGUCCACGAAUCCGGUUCAAUAAGGAAGGAACAUUGUUGGCAGUAUCUGCAAAUGAUAAUAGAAUCAAGAUCUUGGCAACUGUUGAUGGGUUACAUUUGAUGCGCACAUUUGAAGGCCAUUCUCUUAUUGCUUCUAGACUAUCCGAGGCUCUAACAAAGAAUGGUGAUGCUAGACACUUGGAAGACGUAAGACUAAGAUUGCCUGAAGAACCAAACCCAACAAAGACAUGGAAGCUUGUUGAAAUUAAUGAUCCUUCUCGAUUUCAGUCACUGAAGAUCUCCAAUCGAGUUAAAACAGAAAAGGUUGAAAGAAUCUCAAGGUUGAUAUACACAAAUUCAGGGACUGCCAUCUUGGCACUAGCAUUGGAUGGCAUUCAUCUACUUUGGAAAUGGCCAAGAGCAGACCCUAAUUUCAGUGGGAAGGCGACAACCAAGGUUACCCCUCAAUUGUUGCAACCACCUUCUGGCUUAUUAAUGACCAAUGAACCAGCUGAAGCUAAUUCUGGAGAGGCUGUGCCCUGCUUUGCUUUGUCUAAGAAUGAUUCUUAUAUUAUGUCAGCUUCUGGAGGGAAAAUUUCCUUAUUCAACACUAUGACAUUUAAGACGAUGACAACGUUCAUGUCUCCACCACCUGCAGCAACAUAUCUUGCUUUCCACCCUCAAGAUAACAAUAUAAUUGCAGUAGGCAUGGAUGACUCCACAAUACACAUAUAUAACGUCCGCGUGGAUGAGGUCAACAGCAAGCUUAAGGGUCAUUCAAAGAGAAUCAGUGGACUUGCCUUCUCCAGUUUGUUGAAUAUGCUCAUUUCCUCGGGUGCGGAUGCUCAGAUCAUAGCAUGGAGCAUUGAUAAGUGGGAGAGACAAAAGAAUACUUUUGUGCAAAUACCAUCUGGGAAGACACCUGCAGCAAUGUCAAACACCCAAGUUCAGUUUCACCAGGACCAGAUCCACUUGCUUGUGGUACAUGAGACUCAGCUUGCCAUUUAUGAAGCGACAAAACUUGAAUGUGUAAACAAGUGGAAUGUUGGAGAAUUUUCAGCACCAAUAUGCUACGCAACAUUCUCAUGUGAUAGCCAGCUGGUGUAUGGUUGCUUCCUGGAUGGAAUUCUGCGCAUAUUUAGUGCAUCCAACCUUGAUGUGCAAUGUCAAAUUAAUCCUGGCGCUUAUCUUCCAUCAGAUGUCAGUUCGACAGUAUACCCGCUCGUGAUUGCUGCACAUCCGCAAGAACCGAACCAGUUUGCCAUAGGGCUAGCAGAUGGGAUGGUUGUGGUGUUCGAGCCACUUGACUCUGAGGGUAAAUGGAGUGUGCACCCACCUGUUGAGAAUGGGUCAGGAAGCAAAGUUACUCCUCCAACCAUUGCUCUCGAUCAACCCAAGCGCUUGGAUUGAUGGACAAACUAAUGUCUCUCAAUCUUGCAAUGUGAUAUUUAGUAUAUAAUUCGUGGACCUCUAGUGUUGAAUUUUCUUCUCUAAACUCUUUCUGACAGGAAUAGGUAUAUAAUAUAUCAUGUCACAGAGAGAUUGCCUGGAUACACAUGCUUAGGGCAAUUACUCUAUUCUGCUAUAAGCAAUCAGAGACUGAAGAAAUCUUGGAAAAAAUCUUGAAAAAAUCCACACUUACCGGUCUUA